AUGUCUGCACUUACAGUUUUUGAGGUUUUGAUCGCAAUAUUCCUUCCCCCCGUGGCCGUCUUCCUGGUUACUGGCUGCGGAGUAGACCUGCUCAUAAACAUUCUCCUGUGCUUUUUGGGGUUCAUUCCAGGAUGCAUCCACGCGCUGUACAUAAUUUCCACGAAAGACAACCAAAGCAACUCCAGCUCCAACUCCAACUAA